CUCUCUGGCGACAGGCGAGUGUCUCCGUGCACCAUGGAGCUGGCCGGAGCCAUCACCAUCUUCCUGGGCAUCUACUUGUCUUGCCUCCUGGUCAUCUCGACCUGGAGGAAACACUCGCGCUACAAGAACCUGCCGCCCGGGCCCACCCCCCUCCCGCUGAUCGGGAACUUCCUGCAGAUCAAGAUGGGGGACACCCUCAAGUCCCUGGAGAGGCUGCGGGACCAGUACGGCCCGGUGUUCACGGUGUAUUUCGGGUCCAAGCCCAUCGUGGUGCUGUGUGGUCACGAGGCGGUGAAGGAAGCCCUGGUGGACCAGGCGGAGGAGUUCAGCGGCAGAGGCGCCAUGCCGACGGUGGAGAAGAACUUUCAGGGCCAUGGGGUGGUCUUCGCCAACGGGGAGCGGUGGCGCCAGCUGCGCCGGUUCUCCCUCACCGUGCUGCGCAACUUCGGCAUGGGGAAGCGGUCCAUCGAGGAGCGCAUCCGGGAGGAGGCCCAGUACCUGCUGGAGGCCUUUAGAAAUACUAAAGCGGAACCGUUUGACCCGACCUACUUCUUGAGCCGGGCUGUGUCCAACGUCAUCUGCUCCAUCGUCUUUGGCAACCGCUUCGACUACGAAGACAAGGAAUUCCUGUCGCUGCUGCAGAUGAUGAACGAAAGCUUUCGGGAGAUCAGCACGCCCUGGUCCCAGCUCUACGACAUGUACUCCUGUGUCAUGCGGUACCUGCCCGGGCGUCACCACCGCCUCUACCACCUCAUCGAGGCCCUCAAGGCCUUCAUCGCCCAGAGGGUGCAGCUCAACCAGGCGUCGCUGGACCCCGACGUCCCACGGGAUUUCAUCGACUGCUUCCUCCUGCAGAUGGAGAAGGAAAAGAAAAACCCCAGCAGUGAAUUCAACACCACGAACUUGGUACUCACCACGCUCAACUUGUUCUUCGCUGGCACGGAGACCGUCAGCUCCACCCUAAGAUACGGCUUCCUCUUCCUCAUGAAGUACCCGGAAGUCGAAGAAAAGGUGCACCGGGAAAUCGACCACGUCAUCGGCCGCCACCGCGUCCCUGCCAGCGAGGACCGGAUGAAGAUGCCCUACACCGACGCCGUGAUCCACGAGAUCCAGAGGCUGACGGACAUUGUGCCCUUGGGGGUGCCGCACACCGUGAUCCGGGACACCCAGUUCCGGGGGUACACGCUCCCCAAGGGCACCAACGUCUUCCCGUUACUGGGCUCUGUCCUACGGGACACGAAGUACUUCAGCAGCCCCGAGGAGUUCAACCCUGGGCAUUUCCUGGACGAGAACGGCCGUUUUAAGAAGAACGAGGCCUUCGUGCCCUUCUCCUCCGGCAGGCGGGUGUGCCUGGGCGAGGGCCUGGCCCGCAUGGAGCUCUUCCUCUUCCUCACCACCAUCCUGCAGCGCUUCGCCCUCCAGCCCCUCGUGGCCCCGAAGGACAUUGACGUCAGCCCGAGAAUGAGCGGCUUCGGGAACGUCCCCCCCACGUACCAGCUGUGCCUGGUCCCCCGCUGACACCAAAAGUUGGCCCAAAAAUGCCCAACGCGACCGUUUGCCGUGCGCUUUCGACCCGCCCUGGUGUGUAAAAAGAGUCCAGCUGCCUCUCUGACUCUCUUCGAUCUCUUCUGACUCCCACCACAACCACCCAGGCAGACGCCCACGCUGGUUCGAUGAGGCUUCACCUGGGACUUUUGUGGAGCUUGGCUUUGCCGUUC